AUUCAUUCGAACGUGCUUGAACGAACAUGGAGAUGCCACCACCAGUAUCUCGUCCACCGGCAGCCGCCUCGAAGGCCACGCCGCCUCGCUUUGAGGAGACCUUGACACUGGAGCGACUUCGGGAGAAGAUUGAGCACUUUGCGGACGAACGCGACUGGCACAAGUUCCACACUCCUCGCAACUUGCUGCUGGCCAUGACAGGAGAAGUUGGCGAAGUGUGCGAGUGCUUCCAGUGGCGAAACGAUGAUGGGCAAGACGUUGACACGUGGACUGCAGAAGACAAGGAGCACCUUGGCGAAGAGCUCAGCGACGUCCUCAUCUACCUCGUUCGUUUAGCAGAUCGGUGCAACAUUGACCUGCCGACGGCGGCAUUGCGCAAAAUGGAAAAGAACGCCAUCAAGUACCCUGCCAAACUCGCGAAGGGCAGCUCGCUCAAGUACACGGCCUACACAUAGCUGCAUUCGGCGAUCGAUUGAAUGCACGAUCCGGUUCUCUGCAA